GUGGUAGUGAAUGCGCGACAAAUAGGUGGUUGUAAGCGAAUAAAUAUGUAUGUGGAUAAACAGUGUCUGUUUGCACGAAUGUGUUUGUUUGCUAAGCCGAGCGCAUGUUGACAUCACCGACGACGCAAAAGCCCCCAACAUGGCGCGCAGAAAGCGUUAAGUAAACAAAACGCACAAGCAGACAUACGCGUGUGUUUGAAAAACAUAAAAAAAUUKCAGUCUUGUAUUAAAUGUGUGUGUGAACCCCUGCAUUUGUGUGAGUUGGCGGAAGUAAAACAAGGCAAAAACGGAAAAUAAAAGUAAAAGUGUUUAACUCCGCAAUGGAUUUAUGCUGAUUGCACGGGAUUACUGGAUAAAUUGGAAAGGAAUCAACAUGAAUUCCAUUCAAUUUUUUAUCGUCGCGCUUUUGGCAACUAUCGAUAUUCACAUGAAUCAAGCACUUAACCUGUCAAAUCUCUCCGUCCCGCGCAUAAUCGAUGCCGCGCAAAAAGCCAAACUAUUCUGCAGCUAUGAAAUGGGUAACCGMACAUUAAACUCGGUUAAAUGGUACAAGGAUGGGAUGGAGUUUUUCAGAUAUUCACCGCUCACGCCGCCAACUACAAAUUGGUUUCCCGUCAAAGGUGUCACCAUUGCUGAUGGCUCAUCGCACUGCAAUCAAUUCAUCUGCAAUGUCGAGCUGGAGAAACUGAAUGUCCAUUCGUCCGGUUCGUAUCGGUGCGAGGUAUCCGGUGAUGCGCCCGAAUUCAAAUUGAUCGAUAAAACGGCCAACAUGACAGUGGGCGUUCUACCCAAAUUCGGACCGUUCAUCAACGGCAUUGUGCAUCCGUACCGAUAUGGGGAUUUUCUGGCAGUUAACUGCAGUUCAGAUUGGUCCAAUCCCGCAACGACGCUUACAUGGUACAUCAACAACAAAACGGCACCAUUUACAAGCCUCCAACCACAGCUGAAUGAGAUCACACGCAACACAGACGGUUUCAUGCUCUACGCCAGUUCCCUACAGCUGCGCAUACACAUCGACGAUCCACGUUUCAUAUCAAAAAGUGAAAUUCUAGAGCUGAAAUGUGUGGCGGAUAUAAUGGGCAUAUCGAGUGUGCGGCGCGAGAGCAAGGUGCGGGCAACGAUCUUGGCGCUACGCGAUGCUGGACACAAACAACGCUUGCUGGGGCAAGGUAAUGGCGCUAGCGCAUCCAGCAGUGGCAGGUGUUAUGAAAGCAUAGUAUUUAUGCAUCCUUGGGUAUAUUGGCUAUGUUUCCUAUUGUUUUUGCGAGGGUCCCUACAGCCAACCAACUGUCAUUGGAGUUAGCUGUCUACAUAGGAAGUCAAAUCUGAAAGGCCUGCCAGCUUAGAGCAUAACUCUAACUUAGCAAAUUAACGUAGUUUUAAGACUUAGUUAAAUAAGCAAACACCUAACCAAAACAUAAAACAACAUUUGAAUCAACUACUUUGCAAGAAGAAGGAUGAAGGAAGCAUCAUACAUUAAAGGAAACAUAGAAACGAAAUACUCGCACAGAAUUUAGGUAAAUUAAAGCUUAGCGGCACUAACACAUGAAACACUCACACGAACAUGUCCAAACAUGAAAGUAAAAUUACCAAAACGGUGAAAAGGCCAAAGAUAAAAGCAGUGAUUAAGCCUACAAUACUGGCAUGAUCCAUAGCGAAUCGUUAGCUUAGUUAAUUAUAAGGAACCUAUUAAUAUGAUUAACACCGCAUUAAACACACUUAAGGAUAGGCAAAUAGGCAAUGAAAAAAUUCGGUGUUCAGUGAAGAGAAGCACAUUUAAAUUACGUUAAAUUAACUGCUAAUUACUUGAGUAUCUCAAGAGCUCAUUCGCGGCAUAAAAUACCUUAUAAGAGAUAUUGUAAAUAGUUAUUUACUGUUAAGUGCUUACGUCAAUGUGAUUACGAAAUUUGUUGAUUUUAAAAACA